CUCCAAACCAACGUCCCCCAUAAAUUAAUCCAACCAACAUACAACCACUCUCUUCGUCUCUCUCUCUAUCUGCAGAGCAGCUACGGCCUACAUGCGAGCUAUGACCAUGGCGCCAUCACCCCGUAGCCCGUGCACCUCUCUACUGCUGCAGUCUCUACUCCUCUUCCUCCUCCUCUCCUUGUCCCACUCAGCGAGAGUGACAGCAGCCGUAAGAAACCUGCCGGCAGAGGUGGGCGCCGGCGACGAGGGGGCCGCGAGCUUCUCCACCGCGGCGGCAGAGGAUGAGCGCUGCGGCGGGAGCGCCGGAGAGGGAGAAGGAGACGAGGAGUGCUUGAUGAGGAGGACGCUGGUGGCGCACACCGACUACAUCUACACUCAGGGAGGAAAGCACAACUGACGGCAGCCGGCGAUUCCGCGUGUGUGGCCUGUGGGUGAUGUGUUCUCAUGUUCUUCGCCUAGUAGCUAGUAGUGACUGAAAUCAGCUUGUGCGCGUGUCUGAUCAAUGAAACUUGAGGCUGUUUCAAAGGCAUAUCUUUCAUCAGCAAUAUAUAUGACGCCAGUUUUGUGUGAAUUGGUGCACGCAGUCAGUUGUAUAUAUGUACUCCGUAUAAGCUGGUGAGCAAUUUUGUUGA